GUUUUUUUUUUUUUAGAAAUAAAUGACAAACAACAACGACCCUCUCGCUAAUCUUCAAGGAAUGUAUUGUUAUGGGACACAUUUCCUCACAUAAACAUACGUUAGAUAGUUACACAAUUGGGUUUGAUUUCUUGUUUCUUAUUUGCAAACAUUUCUUAUGACUAUGCAAGGGGUCUGAAUGAGUAACAGGUAAAAUGGCGGCGAAAAUACUCUUGAGCUUGGCCGCAUUUGCAGUCUUAUAUCUUGCACAUCUAUGUCAUUAUACAGAUGCACAAGGAGCUAGAUCAUGUUCAGUUCCAGACCACUUCUGGGGAGACUGGUAUACAAUGGAGAAUGGUGAAGACAUUGAUCACAUUAUUAACUCAGAGGGCAUCAGUAACAAGCUCUUCACUGGCAAAUGUAUAGACAUUAGAAAUGAUAAUCAGACAAUAGAUGCUGAUGGAAAGUUUGACAGUAAAAUAUUGUUUUAUGACCAAUCAAGUAACUGCUACAAAUGUUAUGAGCUGUACUAUAGGACUCCAAAUAUAGUGGAAAAUAAAAUGUCAACAUGUGAUUCCCGUACUGAUGCCAAACUUGAAGAUGUUUGUCGGGAUAUUCUACCACAAAAUGCAAUGUUAACCAUGUUCAGAAAAUCAUUAUUAACUGUAAACUGCAAAACUAUGUUUGAGGGAGUGUUCCAGUUUACAUAUGAAGUAGACAUUGGAGGAGGUGGUAUCUGUGACAGCUCUACCAGUAAAAUUGUUGCCUGUCAGGAGCCUGGUUCACCUUAUGUGGACAAUGAAGUGUUCUUGAUGAAGUUUGGGUACUGUCCUGAUGUCAGUACUUCCUCAACUGAUCAAAUUCGGUUCCAAUGUAUGGGAAGCUGGCGAGAUAACUAUGGCAACGUAUUUGCUGCAGCUUUAAAUACGGGACAGGAAAUCAUCAGGGAGAGAUUUAGAUGCUUUUUGACUCGAGAUGACCAGCAACGUACUGACAACAAGCGUAGAUAUACCAUGUCAAACACCCCUGAAUGCUCUACUUUGAAGAGUCCUUACGAUGGUCCUCUCAGGCUGGUACUUAAUCCAGUUGUGCCAAUGGAUCAGAUGGUAACACCACAUUGUAACCUGCCCCGUAACUACACAGGGAAGUGGUUCACCGUUGGGGAAUAUGACACUCAGGUGUACAUCAACUCAACACAUAUCUACUAUAAGACCAAGAUUGAUGCGUUCACAUAUAUUGAGACCUACUUCACUUGCCAGCAGACAAGAGACUCUCGUUUCCUCACCACAGCUGUAACUGUGGGCAAGUGUGAGGUUGAUUUCAUCUGCUUUGACUUCCUCCCUCGUCAUCACAAUAUCAUUAGGUUCCGUAUGGGCAAACCUUUCCGUAUUACCAAAGAUGAGAUGGACCAACCUAACUUCAUGGUGCGCAAGUUCAGACAAGCUUGUACCUGGUCUUCAUUUACAUUUGACAGGGACAAUGUUGAAUGGAAAUACAGAACCUAUAUCUUGGACCCUCCUUCCCCCAUUGUGUGCCCCAUAGCAGGGAGGUACCAGUUCACACAACAUGGUCCCAAAGAGGAACACUUCACCACUCGUAUCAGAGGUAUCACAGACAGGCCUCGUCAUCGCAUUGACUGCAGAGAGACUGAGAGUGUGUUUGAAGUGUGUAGCAAGGACAUCAAGACCAUCUUUGUUGACUCAGAAUAUUGUUCCACUGUGGACUACACCGGCAGACCAGUUGGAGAAUAUGAUGAACCUGAUCGGGAACUGAGAUGUGUCGGCUACUGGAUGGAGGAUAUGAAGUCCUACUUGAUCACUUAUGAUGAGGAAGAUGCCAUAACUAGAUACAGAUGUUGGGUAUACCAGCGUCUUGAUUGGCGCAACCUUAUUAUCUCACGUGCAACUAGAGCUCAGUGUGGCGACUUGCAAACAGCUGAGAGCUUCUCUCCCAGUGAAGGGGCCAGUCUUCAUUUAAAACUUUAUGAAAAUGAAAGAUUGUUUGAUGAGUGUCCACAGUAUUUUAAUGAUGGUAGUGACCCAUGGGAGAAGACAGAGACUGUGUGGGUUCUAGGAGCAGCAGGGAACAUACAAGCAAAUAUCAUCACAACCAUAUCUCUAGCACUAAGUUUAGUCAUAGUGCACCUUAACCUAUCAUAAACAUUGUAUCAGAGAUUGUCACUCUAACAUUCCUUUCAUUUGAAGAUGAUUGGAGAAUACAAGAAACCUAUAAAACAAUGUUGCCCCUUUAAUGAACGGUUUUGAUUGGAAUUGUGUUCUCUGUCUUGUGAUAUUGCUCACCAGUAUCUGAACAUAAUGGGAAAGUGCUGUACUUUACACAAGAAAACAUUCCAUUAACAGGAUAGGACAUUCCAAUUAAGAAAUUACUAAUUGAUAUACCAUGCAUCCACCUUGUCAAAUUAGCAUUACAGGUUAUGACUGUGUUCAGUUUUAAUAUGCUUCAUUUCCAAAUAGUAAAUUUUUGGAAAGGAAGGUAUAUAGUACUAUAAUCAGCAG